AUGGAUACUGUGGAUAAGCUAAUAGAUUUUCUACAGAGGGAAAAGGUACCUGAUGAUCCGUCUUAUGAAGAACAACUAGAGCGCCAAAAGAGGUUGCUUUUAAAGCAACGAGAGGUGGACGAUUUCAGAAGAAUUGCUAAUGACACGAAAAAUUUUGAUCGACAGUUGAAAAAAAUUUCCCACAAUGUAUUAACCGAGGCAAGGAAAACGCAGAUUUUAUGUCAUAAGCUUGACGAUCUAAAGAUUGAAAUUCAAGGUAUCAUCGAUCAAAACCUUAUACACAUGAUGGAUGCGAUUUGCAAGCAGGAAUUGACAAAAAGCUUCAAAGAUACAGAACGCGAGCGAAAACGACAGGAAAUAAAUGAGUUCAUCCAACAAAUAGGAACGUUUCAACAGAUUCGUUGUCAAAUUCAAGAAUCCAAAGGACAGAAAAUGCUACUAGAGGCUAAAGAGCAGGAAGAACAGGAAUACCAAAAGUUAGAAGAGGUGCGAUCAGAAAUUAAUAAUAUUUUUAAAGCGCGGCGCGAAGCAGAAGAAGCAGAAUGGAAAAAAAUAACUACAGCGUUUGUUGAAAUCAGUCAACUGUACAUGCACAUUAUAACACGUGAAAAAGAAAAAGAAACCUUGCUGCAAAAUAAUAUAAUAAUGAGAACUAAAAUAGAACACUUGAAAGAAGAAAUCAAGCAGCAAAUUGUUCGCGAAGAAGAGGAGUUGAAGCAGCAAGAGAUAGAGAUGAAUGAACGGUUUCUUACACCAAUAAAAAUUUCUCACGCUGACGUAUCACAGGAUGCAUUCAAAAAUCCGAAUGAUUUUCCUGCUCUCGUUGAGAGAAUUGAAUUAACUAGACGAACCUAUGAGAACAUAUUCAAGCGUGCUGAAUAUGUUCAACCAAUGAAAUCGAAGAAAACAUGCAGGAAAAUGUUUAAGAUUUCUAUGAGUGUUCCAAAGAAAACUCCCAUUGUUCAAAUUCGUCAAUUAUCCAACGAAAAUUACUUCCAUAAAUCACAACUAUACAAUAAUAUACAUACUACUGACCAAAAAGCAAGUACAGAAAACCUAACAAGUUCUGCUUCUGGAAACAAAACACAAGUAAUUUCGAAAGCAAAAACACAAACUGGAAUAUUAAUUAACAAAAUAAAACCAGUUAAGCGUAAAAUACCAGAGUUUUAUGAAGUACAGCCUUCAACAGGUUUUGGCCCUGAUGAGCAAAAAGAAACUAAACGAUUGAAACACUCAAGGACACAACCAGAGCAGACGAAAAAUGAUACACCAAUAAUUCGCAAGCGAACACGAUCAAACUCAAUCCAAAAAGAGCAAACGGAAGUACAUAGAAUUCAAAGCCGGAAAGAAUCAAUGCGAGAAGCCCACUCAAAUACACAACCAGAGUUGACGGAUGCAACAAAUAGAAAUUGUCAACAAGCAUAUUUGAAAUCGACCCAAAAAUUAAAAACUGUCAAGGAAAUAUCGGGUAAAUCUGUAGAGCAUUCAGAAAAAGUACAGAAGAGUUCUAAAUCCUUUGAACAAGAUUUAUUUUUUAAUACUGGAAAAACUUCCGAAAAUGUCAAAGAGCGUUCCAAAGAGAGCUUACCACAAAAUACAGAAGUUGCAUUGCCUGAUGAUAUAAUGCGUUCAGAAGAAGAAGCAAUGGAUUUUGAAACAGAGGGUGAGGUUCCACAGGAAGAAUCUGUUACCAUGCAGUUUGAAAACGAGAGACAAGUUGCAACGGACAAUACUCCGGAGGGUAAUUUUGAGAACGUUCACCUUAGAGACGAACACGGGUUUGACGUCCAUAGCUUAACCAGUAGCACUUCGUCACUUGAUUUGGAAGAUCCUGGUUCCAGCAGCGAUUUCGACUUAGAUUUUUCGCUGAACGGCUCACCGGUUGGCUGCCGCAAUGGCAGUGGUGGCAAAAAGAGCACCGGCAGCGACGGUAGUGAGCUGGAUUUCGAUUUCCUAAAUUCUCCAAAAUCGCGUUCGGAAGCCACCAAUAGAUCACAACAGCAGUCAGGGUUCGAAUUCGAUUUUUCGAACAAUGGUAAUGACGGAGGGUUUGAUUUCUUUUAG